AAAAUUAAGCUUUCAUUUUUUCUAAAGCAUAGCGAUAUACAAUAUAGUAUUGUCGAAGAAUCAGAGACCUUUACGACAUCCGGAAUAUUUUUGGAAUAAACUUGGAUGUAACGUUAGUGAGGUCAUCAAUCAAGGAUUACGUCAUAAACUUAUUACGUCUUCGCAAACUUUACUAUAAAAUCGAGACAUGGAAUACAUCGUUAUGAUUUGCAUGUUACUGCUAGCUUCGACUGUCCAUGCCCACAGCUGCCUCCCGUGCGACAAAGAGAAAUGUCGGAUUCCUUCCAACUGUCCUGGUGGAUUGGUGGAAGAUGCUUGCAGAUGCUGUCGAGUCUGCGCCAAACAAGUCAACGAAACGUGUGGAGGACUGUACGGGACUCAUGGACGAUGUGACGCGGGACUUCAGUGCGUCAUUCGACCGCAACAUGGAAUGGAAAUCAACGGUCAAGAGACAGGAGUUUGUAAAUCUUCAAGCAGCGUCACCUCUACGGAGUCCUGUAAAGAAGUAGAAUUCACCGGCUGCAACAUCGUCGAUGACCAAUGCAGAUGUCCCACUGUCAGGGCUUGUUCGAAUCCUUUUCAGUUUAAGAAUAAACUCAGAUGUACGAUGCGUUUGCUGGAGAUUGAAAAAUCUCGUAAGGACUGCACCAAUGCAGCUUGUGUUGUUCGCUACUCACCCGACUGCCCUGACGAUUCCGAGUUGAUUGACAGCGUUUGGCCCGCAGGGGAAUGCUGCCCACUGCCCAGCACAUGUUCCUGCCGCAAAAACAAAUGCAAACAGAUCCUUUGCCGACGUGACUUUGAGAGAAUCCUGGUCAAGAAAGCGACCGGAGUCCCGGGCCAGUGCUGUGACCAGUAUCAAUGCAAACCUCAACGUGAUCAAUGUAUCGACGUCAUGUGCCUACCAGUGGACCGUAACGUCACGUGUCCUAGUGACAGUGUCAUGAUAACAGACAGAAUGUCGAAGGAUGGAUGCUGCAAACUGCCGAAUAAGUGUCAUUGCAAAUCCAGUGUUUGCCCAGAGAUCAAAUGUCACGACGGGUAUCGACCAAUCAUAAAUGUCAGAGGAGACGGCAGACCCGGAACUUGUUGUGACGUCAUUGACUGUGUCAAAGCCACACCGGAAGGCGCAUGUUCUGUGAACGGUUCUAUUUAUAAACACGGCGAAGAAUUCCGGCCUGAACCUUGCCGUAUGUGUCAGUGCAGCAAGGGGGUCUAUCACUGCAGUAUUGAGCAAUGUGCUGAGCUGCCCUGCCAGAAGCAAUACGUACCCGAAGGAAAAUGCUGCCCGAAAUGCAGAAUCACAAUGCAAGAGCCGAUAACGACGGUCAAACCGAUUCGCAUCUGCACUGAUGAUUCCGGAAAAACUCAUCUCCCAGGAGAAGUCUGGUUCCAAGACCCAUGCACAAGAUGCGUUUGUAAGAGCAACGGACCAAAAUGCAUCGCAUCGUCUUGCCAGAAAAAUUGUGAAAAUCCGAGACCGGUGGAGGGAGAAUGCUGCGGUACAUGUGAUGAGCCAACGUACAUGACCAUUCCUUCUUCCAAGUCCUGUCCUUCCAUGAACGACUGCAAGUUGACCGGGGUAGAAUGCCCGUUCGGAUUCAAGUCGGAUGAUUUCGGAUGCCGGAUCUGCCAAUGCAGAGAGAAGUCUGAAGUCUGUCAACCAAUGUCUGCCUGCAAACUUGAUUGUCAGAGAGGAUUUGUUGAAAACGAGAUCGGAUGCGAGAUUUGCCAAUGCAAACGUGCAAGGACUUGUCGUAACAUUACUUCGUGUGAUAAGCAGUGCCCGUUUGGUUUCAGGAAAGAUCGCAAUGGUUGCUCGAAAUGUCGUUGCAGACGAUGCAUGGAUGUUGUAGCUACGUGUGAUAAGCAAUGCAAGCAUGGCAGAACGAUGAACAAAUAUGGAUGCGAGAUUUGCAAAUGUCGAUCAAACCCAGAGUCUCAGAUAAGUUCAGAAUCCCUUCGAUCCAAAUCAUGCACUGAUGAGGAUAAGAAACGAGAUGACGGAGAAUCCUGGACCGCGAAUGGGCGACAGUGUGUAUGCCGACGUGGCAUAGUUCUGUGCGAUGCCAUGGAAUGCCCUGUGCCGCAUUGCGACCAUCCGGUGAUAAAAGAUGGAUUUGUAUGUGCUGUUUGCCCAGGUUCCACCCCGACCGUCGGUGAUCGGUUGAAAUGUGGCAACAGGGUUGAAGGUGAGAGUUGGGACGUCGAUUCCUGCACGUCGUGUGUGUGCAAUGCGGGUCGCAUCAUGUGCACAUACCAACAAUGCCAACCAGUCCCAUGCACUAAUCCCGUGUAUAAAGACAGCCAUUGCUGUCCUACAUGCCCAGAACCUGCAAAUAUGCCCCUGACCGGUUCUACAUGCAAGUCUGAAGAUGGAACAACACAAACACACGGUGCAACAUGGCGGCCUGAUAAAUGCACAAGCUGUGUUUGCGGAGACGGAGAUAUAAAAUGCUUCGGUGAUAAAUGUCCGCAGGUUCACAACUGUAUGAAUCCUGUGAUCAAGAGAGACCAAUGCUGCCCCCAGUGUUUGGAUGACAUCAACAUGCACUCCUGUCAAGUUGGCGAUCGUAGGUUUUCCCACAGUGAGGUCUGGGCAAUGGCGACCGAUUCCUGCGCCUCCUGUACCUGCGGUCAUGGAAACGUGAUGUGCAGACGAGAAAUCUGCCGUCCGGUGCCAGACAGCUGCACAAAGGUUAUAAGAAAACCCGGAGAAUGCUGUGACGUAUGCGGAAGUUACGGCAUAAGUGACCUGGGAACGAUAGAGUCGCAAGAAGAUCAAACUCCGAUUUUCAUUGGUGUUGGAGCAGGAAUUGGAGUGGUUAUUAUAAUCGUCAUCAUUGUUUUGUUUAUUUUAUUCAAAAGGAAAACAAAAGGACCAAAGGUGCCGUACCAACAAGGCCAUAUUGUUCGCAGACAACCAGCAGUAAAUACAUAAUGGAGCAGUAAUAGACGAACUGUAGUCUCGAAGCAGCAUCAACGAUCGUCAGUCUUUGGCGGGAAAUAUUUUCGUCACGGUUCAUGGAUUUUAUUAUUCAUGCGUGACUCUGAAAAAACUAAUCAGCUUUCGAGCAAAGUGAUCAAAAUAUCGGAGUGAGGUUGGAAUGGCUACAGAUCCGAUUUUCACUCCAGAGUAUAGACAAAUGCAACAUAUACAAUACGACCGAAAAGUGGACGAUGAAAAAAUAUAUUGAUUCAAAAUUUAUUAGCCAGUCGAGAAUUCUGGCAUAACCUGGCAUAUACAUGGUGACUAAAAUAAACCAGAGCGCCUAAAUUUCCUAAUUGCUUCUUUGAAAUUGAAGAAAAUUUAUCAACACUUGAACUUCUGUUUGUGUGUGAUUGUGUCCGGAAGUUUUAAUAAUCUAGGACGCUUCGCACAACAGUUAUGUUCCGUCUAGACCAGUGGUUCUCGAACUUUUUGUGGCCCCCCCUUUUUUUUUUGAUUUGUCAAGUCUCGCACCCCACCUCAAAAAUAACCAGCUAAUAAAUAGGCUACGUAUAACAGAUAGUAAUGCGAAAGUAUGUUUUAUUCAAAAAACAAAUUGAAAAUACGUGGAUGGAGAUGCACCAAGAUGGCGCACAACCUGAAUAUAGUAUGUGUGUGCCGGUUAGGAUUCGGGCUGUGCGACAUCUUGGUGCACAUACUUCUGGAACACCGGAAAUUUUGCAUGAUGAAAAAAGAAUGCCGUGAAGUUCAAUUGCGAAAUGACAGACUUUUCCAAAUUGGUUACGGUUGUCACAAAAUAUACCGAUUCAUCAUAUAGCAGUGCCUUUAUAGAUGGGACCAUGAUUAAGUCAUCUUAUCGGCUUUAUCUUUAUUACUGUGUUUCCCCGAAAAUGAGACAAGGUCUUAUUUCAAUUCUCUUCCAAGAAAUAACACUAAGGCUUAUUGGAUGGAUAUCUUCUAUUUUUAUUUAUCAAAAACAAAAUUAUAGAUUUUCAAAUAUACAAAAUAUGAAAACCGGUAUAUUAAAAUGAUUUUUCAAUUUAAGCCUAGGUCUUAUUUUCGGAAAAAACGCGCUAAGACACGUAUUUGCCAUAUUCAUUUGCUACAUAUUGAUAGCACGAAGCAGUUAUCUUUAGAAAUUAUCACCCAAUAUUUUAAUUCAUUUAUUUUUCUUUCAUGUCAUAAUUUAUCCCGGCGCCAUUGAAAUCUUGCAGUUUAUAAAUUCUGAAUUCUCAUAGUCAAAAGUGUUCUAAAUGAUUCUGAAUUAUUAUUUUUAUUGAAAUUUUUUUUUAUUCUGCUGAUAAUUUACGCUCUAUGUUGGGGAUGGCGAACUUUUACCGAAUAGGCUUAUUGAAUUUUAGUAGAAUGUGGGUUAUGAAUUCACAAUGCUAUGGCCUAAACUUAUCUGGGUUAUCGAAGGUUUGAAGGGGGUGAAUGAUAACUUUUUUUUAAAUUACAGUAAGUACGCUUUUCAUGUUGGUUUUCUACCUCGGUAUUCGGCAAAGUAUUCCUAUGAGAUCUUCAAAAGUCAAAAAUAUGUUUCCUCGUUUUUUUCAAACCAUUGGGUUGGUAGUAUGACAGGUAGAAGGUUCGCCAUCCCAUUCUUUUGCCUUCCUUUGCGACGUAAAUUCCUGCACAUAAUAUGAUUCUAUGUGUAUUUAAAUACGAAAUCUUAAAAGAAUUCUAGAAUAUCGAAACUAGGAACGGUAGAACAAUAACGGUCAAACAGUACUAUGGUAUUCAUGGAUAUCGAUUUAAACGUUCUUGAAGCAUCGUUGGACCAUCCAUGAUCGAGCUUAUAAAUUGUUACUUGAUAAAUAUAUUGAAAUACGACAAAUCAUAAUUUGACGUCACUUCAAAUCGUGCCUUGGCGGAAUUUUUUUUAUGAGCCUAAAGAUAUCGGCGCGUUUAAGUUUUAGGAUAUUUUCAACACCGAACAUGGUUUUAAAAAAUUAAUCUCUUUAAAGCAAGCAAGUUUGAAUGACCGGUAUUGCGCCGGUUAUCUCUCUAAUUCACGUCUCGAGUAACGAAAGAAAAAGUUUGGACUUGCCUGCGAUCUUUAACCGAAACUUUUUCUUCAUUGAACAAAUUACCUAUCAUUGGACGUAAGCCACCCGUUAUCUAUUUGGCGUCUCGCUGAAAAAGAGUUACCAUAUGACCAUGUGGUCAAAAUUAAACAAAGAAAAUGUGACGUCAUAUUAGCGUGACGUCAUACCAAACUUUUGAUAUAUUAUUCAUUCCCAACCAUUGCAGUCAAACUAUUGUACAUAUAUAUAUAUUUUGCAUUCCGAAUCGGCAACGUUAAACAUUAUGAAGUCAUCUUUUCAUUAUGAUGUCAUUUUUUAUAUUUACACUGUGAUUAAUGCGACUUAUCUCUGACGAGCGUAAUUGUGACGUCAACUAUUAGUGACGUAAUGCAUAUGACCAAUUGAACUUAGUAUUGCUGAUUUGUAUAAAUUUUUAUUUUAAUUUUUAUAUUUUCUUUAUUUUGUUAAUAUCACGUGACCUUAUUCCUGAUUGUGAGAAGAUAAUAAGCAUGUACAUUGUA